CUCUGAUAUGACCUUGUGAUCAGGGAAAGCCCCCCUGUUCCCUUUCAGCCAUGCCUACAAAUGCCUUCAACCGCAAAGGUCGUCGUCGAAGCAGCAGCGGCUCGACCGUGAGACCCAACCCUGUCGUCACACCACUGUCCACCACUCGUUCACGACAAGCUCCAUCAGAAUUGUCCGUCCCAGCAACAUUGUGGGUGCAUGAUGAUGCAUUUUCCACCGAGGAUGUCUUGAUCGGCAAGUCUGUCUUAGAAGGCACAGGCAUAGAGGAAGGAGAUUUAGUUGAGAUCUCCCCAUUGGAUUCUCCCACCGAAGUUCGUGAUUUUCAGUCCCCCGGGGGAGAGCCGCGAGACUCGCGGCGGCCCCCCACCUCCAACGCCUUCAGUGCAAAUGGAUUCGACACAAAUGCCAGGUAUCUGUGUGUCGCCACAUUCCCUCCACCCGAACUCAGAGCAAAGCAAGCCAACUUAGAAGUCUCGGUUAAGAGCAACAUCGCUUCAGCCUUUGGUCUUCGAUCCCGUUCUACCGUUUCCAUUUCCCUGGCAUCUCUAGAACAACACACUGCUUCUCACGUCGAGUUGAGCUUCAGAGAUGCUUACAUUGCCCGCUCAGACAUGUGGCGACUUGUUGGACAAGAACUUGCCGGCAAGACCAUCUAUUCGGGGCAGAAAAUCACCUUUCUCGGUAGCAUUAAACUGACCGUCAAAUCCAUACACGUCAACAGUCAUAAAGUGCCCACCGGAUACUUCUCAGGCACGACAAUUCCCGUCUUCCGCAGCGAGGCAGCUCGUUACGUCCUAUUUGUCCAAAUGUCCAGUGAAAUGUGGGACUUCGACUCGGAAGGCAGUGGCGAGAUCAUGUUCAACCGCGUUAUCAACGGCUUCCUCCCUGACCUCUUCAAACGUUGGACUGAACUCGAUGUUCACCAUCUUGUCAGCAUCGUUCUCUUCGGCCGGUUGGAGUACGAUCACAUCGAUCUCGCGAGGAACAAGGACAGAAGAUUGGAGGUAGAGCAACAGUCUGGAACUGCCAACAUGACGUCUCGCCAAUACCAAGACUUUUACAGAGUGGUUGUGACAGAUAUGGCCAGCGCCCAGUGGACCCUGAUCUUGAAUGAAUUAAAAAAGGACUUUCGUGUCUUCUUGAGAGAUAUCUCGUUACAUACCGCCGUUACUCCUGACCUCGAGGACAAAGAGCCAAAGGCGACUCGAAUAGCAGGGAGACCGAGCACAGCGCUCAAAGGCAAUAUCCUGGAGGCAAUCAACAUUGCCUGUUCGCAGUUUUCAAACGAUUACGUGGACAGAGACUUGAUCAGAACAGGCGUCUCCAUCGCUGUCGUCACAGCUGGAACUGGUGUCUUCGAGGUCAAUCGGGACUUGUUGAACUUAACCUCGGAGACAUUGACCAAUAACGGUGUUGGCAUAGAUGUUGUUUGUCUGUCCAAGAUGCCUCUCCAUUCCGUACCCUUAUUCAAAUACGGCAAUCCUACUGCAAAUGAUGGAAAGAACCUCAGUCCAGCACUGGCAGCACUCUCAGCAAGUCCUCUCAGGUCAGGGCCCGGUCCCUAUCAUGCUGAUAUAUCACAACCCCGGAAGCUAUCUCCUGCGUUGUCUUCCAUUGCGUCCAAUGGCACUCGCUAUCUUACGAGUUUCAUGUCGGCACAGAGCCGCGAGCUUGUCCAAGCCUGGCAUUACGGAAUUCCACAGUGGAUUGAUCUUUCUUACUGGUCUGGUGAACCUGACUUUGAGGAUCAGAAGCUGCUCGACGAUGACUUGCGGGACAAGCUUGGUCCCAAGAAAACAAAGAAAGGACGGUUUCAACCUCGUGUGAGGAUGUACGAAGUGCAGAUGAUGGGUCUCAUGGAGCUCGGCAUGGCGGACAUGAGUAUUCCCUACAUGAGUGAAACUCAGACUUCAAGUCGUCCACCACCCACUACACGUCUCAGGUCUAAAAGUAAGCGCUCGAGCGGGAGCCGUAGUUUAUCCCAUUCGCCAACCUUGUCUCGCCACCGGCGGCAAAGUGAAGGCUUGUCAUAUUCGAGACAGGGGUUACUAUCAAGUCAUGCAAAAGCGCUGGGCGACGUCUUCGACCGCAUGGACUCUUACGAUGCGGGCCUUUUUGUUAUGCAACCGCCACAUACAAACAAGCUCUCUAUUUCACGGCCAGGUUCUGGUCUACCUGGUGUCUCAGCAAAAGCCUCCAAGACCAGGAAAGAUUCCAAGAAGGAACCAACAACAGUGGAAGAGUCUAUAACUCUAUCACCUGCCAAAAAGUCUCUAACCAAGAAGACUUUGAACUCGCCAUUCAGACCACAACUGCCUUCUCUUGCCUCGGCGGACGCAUCGACCCCAUUGAAACAAAGUCAAAGCCCGGAAGUUCCUAGAGUGAAUCGGAACUUGAACUAUUCUCUGCGUGGACUAGCUCCUCCCAUACGGUCAAUAGCAAGCACUGAGGUCAACGUCACCAACGCCCAGGCCCAUCCCUUGUUGAGGGACCCUGGCCAUUCUCGGCCUACGGUGGCAACAUCAGCUGCAAGCAUCCGAUCAGUGUCUAUGAAGAGCACCAUUGGAGACAUGAGUAUUGACGAAGUCUCCCCUCUCUCGAGAAUGCCGACAAACCCACACAGCAAAGCGACUGGAACACCAUCAAAGCCUAUAUCGAUCAAUGCCAUCAUACGCAAAAGUCACGACGACAAAGACGACUCUCGAGAAAGGCAGCCUCCGUCCAAGGUGAUACCCACGUCACUCGAUCCACGUGAGAUCGAACUUCAGGAUGACCGAGAAUCGGACUCGGAUUCAACAACGUCGUCUGGACUAAGUAGCGAAUGCUUCUCUAGCAGCCUUGGCCGUCCCGAUAGCUGGAUGGCCACUUCACUCGCGAGCUCCAUUCCACGCAGUAAUUUAGUAUCUAUCCGCAAUGUCAAUGCCUCUAACCCCUUGAAACGACAUCCUGAAAGGGAAUCGACUUUUGGAAGAUGGCAGCAUCUUUAUCCACGCAAGCCCCGCGCAGCCACGGUGAAAUGGCGCUCACUGUGCACACCUGCGUCGGUUCCCCUUACUACUGAAGACUUUCCUUCCAAGCAAGGGCUCGAGACGGAUUAUGAAAUGAGCACCUACGACCUUUCUCUCGUUGAGCAUGACGAUCUUCAGGAGGUCCCGGAAUCACGCGAUACCCUUCUUCGAGAAAUGUUGGCUUUGAGAUUUGCUCACGGGUACCAGUUGGUCGUUGGCUCGGCCCUCGUGGAUGCUGUCGGUCCUGGAUCAUGUGAUAGCUCCUCCUUUUUCACGCCUAAUCUCGUCCGUCCGGACGGUGUCUUCAUCUUCAUGUCGAUGGGCAAUACGAUUCAAAAGAUAUCCCUGCAGGAAGCAGACCGUAUCCGCGUUUUCAAAUAUGUUCGCAAGCAGCGUAUGGUCCAGCCACCUUUCCCUGUACAAAUAAUCUAUCGACCCAAUAUUCGAACAAUCCUGUCACCUACUUACAAAAUUCGAGAAAUGCAAUUUGGCGGGUUUGCGGAACAAUAUCCAUGGGAGCAGGCCGAUGCUUAUCUUGCUGACUCAAAGAAGCAGUCUGAUAUUGAUGCCAAAAAACUCCGCUUCUGGCGCGCCCGCUUUGUGUUGAUACCUGUUCAACCUCCAACUAAUAGCUGGAGGCCGACUGCAGCAGAUAGCGACGAGAAUGAAGAAGAAAUCCACCUACGAGGGAUUCGCAUACUGACGCAGAUGUGGCAGAAAGCUCGAUACCUGCCCCCAGAAGAUAGGAGACCCGCUCACAAUCGCAUCAGCAAUAUGAAAAACAAAGAUAAAAACCCGUUGAGGAUAACAAUAGAAACGCUCAACCCAUCGGAAUUGGUCGCAACAGAAUUGGACAAGUUGUUGGCUGCCGAAGAAGCGGGUGAAUCUCAACCAACGCGGCUUCUGCCAGAAGAGGAGCAAUUUGAGAGGGACACAUUCAACAUGACAAAACUCGCCCAGGCCAUUCAGGGCGAAACGGGCAUUGAAAUCAAGAACCGACGGUGGCACUUGCGACUUCAUUACAGUUGUUUCCAGGGAGAAGACUUUACAAAUUGGCUCGUGCACAAUUUCCGAGAUAUUGACACCCGUGAAGAAGCGGUAGAAUUUGGCAACGAUUUGAUGAAGGAAAAACUCUUCGAGCAUGUCAACAGUCGACACAGGUUCAAAGACGGCAAUUACUUCUACUCCAUCAACCCAGAUUGGCGCUUUCAACGAUCAGAACCGCGACAAUCCUGGUUUCCCUCAAGCCGCAAGUCUGAUCGAUCAUUUCCUGCCACUCCCUUGAACGAGAAUCCUUCUCGCGAGUUUCUUACUGGCCGAUCGCGUUCUGGGUCUAAUCUUGUAUCUCAAGGUCAAGCCCACAACUCAGCGUCAGAAAUCACUAAGGGUCUAGGGUCUGAGAAGAAGCGACGGUCGAUCACACUUUCGAAGAUGAUUCGUAUCGAUGUCGAUCACCGCAAACGAUCCAAUCGACCCGAGGUGAUAAACCUCCACUACGACCGCCUUCAUAACCCAGAAAAUUGCUAUCAUCUCGAACUCUCCUGGCUGAAUGUAACCUCAAAAUUGGUCGAUGAUGCAAUACUCACUUGGACCACCCAAGCAGAAAAAUAUGGACUCAAACUCGUCGAAGUUCCUAUUGCAGAAGCAAGCAAGGUGCCUGAGACCGAGCCUUUCCGUGCAUACUAUCGCAUCAAGCUCGCGGUUGAGCCUCCGAAACGUACCGGCACUGUCACUGGCAACGUUUACUUUACCGCGACUUCAUUUGGCCCCCAACCCGCACUCAGUUCGGAUAUUCACCUCUACCAAAAAGCACUGCUAAAGCACUUCAACUUUGUUCUUGACAUUGAAGGUAUCGGCGAAUUCCCCCAAAAUGUGGAGAUCGCAUAUUCUUGGGGAAAGCUCGAAUAUCGAUAUACACAAUUCGUGCAUCGCAGUGGUGUGAUCUUGGCACAAAUCACAGAUGAAGGGGACAUUUUGCUGUUGGCCAACCGGUUGUAUAACUCCAGGCUUGCGGGAAAUAAGGAAUCAUCAAAGGGUGGACAUGUUAAGAAAGAUGCUCCACGGGAUCUCGCAUCGUCAAACAUGCUUCGGGCCCCGAACAACAAUAGUUCGAUGGCUCCACACAACGGCAAUUUAGGGGCUAUGAAAACACCAGCGAAUGCACAGAUGCAAGGUCCAACAAACAUGUCUGCGUCUGGCAUCAUUGGCCUCAACGUUGCGUCACCUCGGUUUGGACCGUUCUCCAGUCCUCGUACUCGACCGGUCAGCAUUGCUUCUGUGGUGUCACCGAGUGCCAGCGCCAAUUCCUCUUCGACUGCUGUCGAUUAUGCGCAGCCGUCAUCAAGCCCUUAUCCCGGAGUGAUUGCCGACACUUUUGGGUCUCGCCGAGCAUUGGCUGCCACGGGAUUCUCACACUAUGUGACGCCAGAACAGAUCAAAGAUGACCUCGAAAGCUUCUGCCGUGAUCGAGAACGUCUAGAAGCAUUUUUCAAAGAGGUUACCGCCACCCUACCUGUCGUUGGCAGUGGGGCAACAACAGGAAAUGGAUCUGGUGUGGGCGCGGCGGGCGCAGGAGAAAAGCGACGCAGCGGAGGAACCAGCAGUACGUUACUUCGACCAAUUCGCGAACCAGUUGGAGAAGAAGAUGGAGUCAUGGGAUCAGACAUACCUGAAUUCAAUUUGCCUGAGCCAGUGGGCGUGACAUUGAGUUUGAACUUGCCAAAGAAGGGAGCCGAUCGUCGCGGCUCUUCAGGAGAUUAACGACGGUGCUGGUAGCAGUAAGACUGGAAAGCAGCAGCGAGGAUAUGGUUGGAUGGCGAUUGAAAGAGCCGAUAUCUGUAUACUUUGGAUUCAUGUCCAGGGACGUGUGGUUCAGAAGCCCGCUUUGUAGAUACCUGAGGUUGAGGCUUCGCAUUUAUACAGAUGCCAUUAUCUGUACAGUAUACCAUGCGACGACUUAAAAAUGAGGUGGAAUUUUGUUCGUC